AUGCCCCUCCAAACAUACCACCUCUCUUCCUCCCCCAAGGGCCUCUCCAGCAUCACAACCCUAAUCGUCGGCACCAGCGAGGCAGUCCUCAUAGAUCCCCCCUUCCUAAAGCCCGACGGUCUCGCAGCUGCGCACUGGAUCAAGAACAAAACCAACAAGCCAUUGAAAGCAGUCUUCGUGACCCACCACCACCCAGACCACUUCUUCGCCGCAAACUCCAUCUUCGAGGCUUUUCCCGAGGCUAAAUUCUACGCAGCCCCGUAUGUCCUCGCUGGUAUUAAUCGCGAAUACGACCAGAAGGUCACAUACUGGCCUGCUGUGUUUGGGACUGAGAAUGUCUAUACAGCGCCGAGGAGGCCGGAACCGUUCGAGUUUAGUUUCUUUGUAUUGAAUGGGGAUCCUGGGAGUCCGGUUGUCCUUCUUGGGCCACUGCAGGGGGAUAGUGUGGACCAUACGCUGUUUUGGCUUCCGAGUGAGAAGACGAUUAUCUGUGGCGAUGCGGUUUAUGGGAGGAGUACGCAUGUUUGGGUCGAGGAAGUCGAAACUCCUGCUCUUCUGGAAGCAUGGAACAAGACGCUCACACUGAUCGGUGCUCUGCGACCUGAGAAACUGAUUCCAGGGCAUAUGGAGACCGGCUGGGAGUUGGAUGCAAAAGAAGACCUCGCACACACACAGAAAUACCUGGAUCUUUUCUCGGAGAAAAUCACAAACGCGCCGACAAAGCUGACCGUGCAGGAACUGUUUGACUUUUUCAAGAAUGAGUUUCCGCAAUGCAAGGAGAACCUGGAUUUCUUCCUGGGCCAUCUGUCGAACCAGUACGGAGAGGGGGGCCAGGUCUGGGAGGAGAACAGGCACCAUGACGUUGGGGCUCGGACGAUUGGGGCCCUGAAUGGGUAUUGGUUUAAAUAG